AUGCUAUCAGAUACUCCCACUAACUUGGACAAUGUGUCCGAGAGAAGGCGCGUCCGCGAAGCAUUCAAAGAGAUUCAGCACCAGAUUGACCAUUGCCUCAUGAAGUUAAUAACAGAAGGAAAAAAAAUUGUGCAGUCUAUUGAAGUGAACAGCAGGGGACUGGAGAUAUUCUCCAAAAGCUGGCUUCCAGGGGGAAACUCUGCCACACCAAAAGCACUCGUCUUCUACUGCCACGGCUACGGCGAAACCUGCACCUUCGUCUUCGAAGGAGUCGCCAGGAAGCUAGCGCUCUCCGGGUACGGCGUAUUCGCUCUCGACUACCCGGGUUUCGGCCUCUCCCAAGGACUCCAUGGCUACAUCCCCAGCCUCGACUUGCUCACCUCCGACGUCGCCGAGCAUUUCUCCAAAGUCAGAGAUAAGCCGGAGCACCGCGGGCUCCGAAGCUACUUGUUUGGGCAGUCACUGGGAGGAGCUGUUGCCCUGAAGGUGCACCUGAAGCAGCCUAAUGAUUGGGAUGGUGCCAUUCUUGUUGCCCCUAUGGUCAAAUUUGCAGAGAACAUGGUUCCCAAUUGGAUACUGCUCAAGAUCCUAAUCGGAGUAGCUCAUCUCUUCCCCAAGCUGAAAAUAGUCCCACACCAGAACUUUGUCAAGAUGGCAUUCAGAGACCCCAAGAAGCGAGAUCUGGCAGCUUACAAUGUGAUUGCUUACAAGGACACGGCCAGGCUGUGGACGGCGCUGGAGUGCCUGCGGACAACCCAGGAGCUGGAACGUUGCUUACACAAAGUUGCUCUGCCGCUCCUGAUACUGCACGGAGAGGCCGAUGUGGUGACGGAUCCGUCGGUGAGCAAGGCAUUGUACGAGAAAGCAAGUUGCCAAGACAAGAAGCUGAGGCUUUACGGCGAUGCUUACCAUUCUCUUCUGGAAGGGGAGACCGACGAGGUCAUCUCCACGGUUGUGGGCGACAUUAUCUCUUGGCUUGAUCAUCGCCAUGCUGUAGAAUUCAGCAAACCUUAAAUAACUGUCGGCUCGUGCGUGCUACUGUGGCAUCGAGUUGCUGAUUGAUUGAUUGAUUCGUUCAAUCCCCUGCCUAUCCUCCAUCAUCAUCAUCAUGGGACUCUGCUCCACCUAUUCAAUGUUCUGGGGCCAAGGAAAUUAAACAAAAUAAUGUGGAUGUUGGCAUUCAUGGCAUUCAAUGUAGUACUUUGUAAUAAUUUGGUGCCCAUUUCCCAUGUUUAUGACUUGUGGGUGGGCUGAAAUGGUUGGUUAUGUGUAUUUUGCAAUUUGCAUGUAAGUUUAGUUUUCUGCUCUGUCUCUAUGUGUUUGUUAGAAUGGAAAUCCAGAUUUUAUAUAGGAGAGGUUCUGUUGGAUUUUUACUAUUUUGGAUUUGUGUUUGAAUUUGAAGAGUUUCGUGUUUCUAUGUAGAAUUUGAUAAUGAAUUUUAGUAGAUUGGGUUUCUGGGUUCAGUGAGAAAUUUAACUUCAU